CUUAGACUCGAUUAUAGCAAUUUGCCGGGUGAAUUAUUUAGUCUGUCUUCUCUACUUUCUGCGCGAGGGGGCGCUCAAAACCUCCACCAAACCAAUGCAAGAGGGAUAUUGCUUAAACAAGAAUCAUCCAGUUCGUUAGAGUGAUGAGGCUGAGCCUUCUCCGCUCUAAGGUUUGUAGCAGUGUUACGGAGAACGAAUCGGACAGGGCCGAAGUAUUAUCGAUCGACGGCGAACGAAAAUUGACGUUGCAAUGAUUAAGCGUUCAGGCAGUGGAUUGUUUCAUCGAGUUUUCUCCAAUGUCCAAAGCACUUGCUGUUUUAAAGCUGUUUUUCUCUUUAGUCUCGCUAAACACGACCCAGUCUCCCAUAAUUGACGUCACAAACCCAAACAGCACGAUCCCCAUAACACAGGAACCCCACAUGCCCACGCCGCUCUUGUUGAAACCGCUGGACCAGUUGGCGGCUUUCAUUGGUCAAGCAUUUCUCUUUAAAGUCCCGGAUGAUACUUUUUACCCUACUUAUAACGCGGAGAGCUCGUCGAAUCUACGCUUGACAAUGUACACUAAAAAUGGCGGGGAAAUUUCCAAGACUUCAUGGAUUCAGUUCGAGCCGUCUUCGAGAAAUGUUUAUGGUUUUCCUUUGCCAGGAAAUAAAGGUGUGUUCAAAUUUCUGGUAUCGGCGACUAAUCAACGUGGACAAUCCGCAAAGGAUUUCAUGGAGGUUGACAUUAAAGAAAACACAGGACAGUAUAAUCACGAGUUUGUAAUUAACACCGACUUUAAUCUUGUUUCCUUCAUGGCUGAUGUUUUAGUUCGUUUUGAAUUUGUGUCUAGAGUUGGUCGCUAUAUUGCUAAUGAGGAUAUCAGUUCAGUGUGGCUCAAAUCAUUUAACCAGGACACAAGAGAGGUCACCAUUUCUCUUAACACCGUGCCUUACGCACCUUGCAAUAAGCCUAAACUAAAACGACUCCUUACCAGAUUUGUUUCAGAUACAGGGGCGGUAAAUCAGAAUUUUCAGACGGCAAUGAGUGAAAAAUUUCCUGUUUCCAGUGUGAAAAUGAACUAUCUUGGAAUUUGUCUAGAAGAAGAGAAUGCUGAUAACGUUGGAUUUGAUUGGGGGUGGCUUAGACAUGUCCUACCGCUUUUUAUGUUGAUCGGUGUCGUUGGUAUACCUGUUGGGAUUUCAUGUAUCAUUGGGAAGAUCGCAAGAAAGCGACGGUUAGCACGACAAGGAAGAAGAAAGAGAGAAGAGAAUGGUAUGGGCUUUACUUUUCAUACGGUGCACUUCAACAAUAGGUACCCUUCCAUGUUAUCAAUGUCUAAUAAUUCCAAGGAGGAUGAGGGAAACGACGAGUUGAAUUUGAACUCGAAUUUGCGGGUGAAUAUCCCCAACGGCAGUCCUCCUGCCGCCACACACCUCGCCGUACCCAACGCCAACCAGAAACAACAAAACACCUUAAACGCAGAGAAAGAGAAAAACACGCCUAAGAGUAAGGUGGUGUACAUGGGUAAAUCAGACUUGAAUAUUCCGGUGUACUUUACACAGCCAGAACUUGAAGAAGACAAUCCACUAAUAGAUAUAAAUUUCGCGGAACUUGCGGAGUCCAUAUCGAGCAAGUUAAAAGGGUUCGGCAAGUCUGUGAUGAACGUCGCUGGUGUGGCAGAGAACGAUGUUAACACAAUGCAGGAGACAAAAACUGUUAUCGAGGGGGAUCUGGUAGCCUUCGAAAGUGAGAUUCGUAUUCCUGCCCCAGGGGAGGAACCCUCGGGGAGCGUGGCUGGUAUUCAGAGACUCAUGUCCACCGGAAGGACGAAAAGAAUGGCGAAACGAAGUCAGUCGGAGGUGAGACUGAAUGAACACGCGGUUUAUGAAGAAAACUUGGAUUAUAAAUCGAUCAAGUUCGUAGGUUUACCGAAUAUCAAAGGUACUCUGAUGUCGCCAGUAAAGAGUCGAAUGCCUUCCAGAAGGCUGUCAAUGCCGCAUAUAGGAUUUGGUGAUCAUGACCAAGAUCUUGGACUUGUCUUGGAAACUCAGACGAAACCUGCUAAGCCCCUAAAGAGCGCCUUAAAGAAGAACUCUCCCGUUUCUCGCUUAUCGAAUCUCACCGAUAGCAUAAUUGGUAUGGCCGCUAAUGGAGAUAGCAUCGGACAAUACACGGGCUACAUAGAACAGUUAUCUCAAAAUGCAAGGCAAGAAUUUGGGUCUAAUCUGGAGACAGGAUACCAUACUGAGGCCACACCCAAUAUAGAAGCGGUCCCCCAUGAAUCACCCAAAGACCCUGCUACGUAUUACCGGCCAAAAGAGGCCGGGAUUGAUCCAUACGGCGCGCAUGCGCAUAGCGAUGUGUAUGAAGAGUAUGAAUAUGAAGAGAGCUCCGUUGAAGACCCAGAAGAGCUCGAGGUGAUGGACUACACAACAUGGAGACUAAAACAAAUAAGAAAGGCGGAACGCCAAGAGAAACGCAUCCCACAUGAAGAGUACCACGAGGCUGAUCCCGAUGAUCCAGAAUACGAAGAUUACACAAAUCCAUACCAUUAUACGAAUGGUCCUUUGAGACCUCCGGUCAGAUCCCAGUCAUCGUACGGCCUGCUCGAGAGAAGCAAGUCGCCGUCAGAGUUUCCUAGUGACUGGACGAGCGAUUACGAGAAGGAGAACCGCUACAAGCAGCAACCGCCAGAGACCAACCACCAUAAUCACGUGACGCAGUCAAUGCCGGGGGGACUGGACCAGAAGGGCCACCAAGGCAUCAUGGGUAAUCACACGGGUUCAAAGGUAGAUAACAGUGAUGGUGCGACGUCAAAAGAGAAUAAGUCGCUGCUCGGAUCGAUGUUCUUUCGGGAGAAGCCGAGUGUGGACCAGAACGUCAAUCAAGCUACCUCGGAUGGGGAUGGCUCGGUUGUUGGUUUCUUGAAAACCAGUUUGACCGGUUUUCUUGGUCCGACUUCCUCUGAGGGGACAUCUUCAUCAGCAGCAUCCAGAUGGUUCAAGUGAGAAGAUCACACAAAUAGCCGGUUUCGAAAUUGGACGUAGAGAAGGUUUUAAAUGAGUGUAAAUCUGUGGCGGAUUUUUUGGCAGGUUUCCAUUUUCGAAUAUCCGCGGUUAACCGUCUAAACAAUAUAUAAAACAUAUUUGUAGAUAUAUAAACAAUAUGUAAAACAUAUUUGGAGACACCUAAAAACACAAGUAGCAUAGAGGCAAAUAAAUGUCAUUGUAAACUUAGUUUAGAUAGACGCGAGGCAUUAGGCAGUCGUUAUAAUCGGUAGUAACAAAUUUCAGAAGACAAUAACUCGACACUUCUCUCAAGAGAAAAGAGGAAAAAACUAUUAGACAUCUACAGAUCUAUUGAUAUCAACAAAGCUGAGCUUAAACGCUUAAGAUAGAAAUAAUGUGGUUUUCAAAAUCCCGUGCAACAAAAUGUAAUUGUUGAAGUAUAUUAGCCAAGCCAUAACAAAAGAGGACAAAGACAUUACAGUGUAUUAGUACUAAAUAAACUAAAUAGUAUUUCACGGGUUUUUGAAAACCAUUAUUUGCAUUGUAGUCUCGUAGUUCCAAGCGCUUUUAAAGAUUGAUACAAUUAGUUGCCUUUGUAGUUUAGAAAAUAACUUAAGACGUAUAGAAAGGAGAUUUUGGAUGUGGUUGUUACUAGGACGCAAAGCGCAUCUUUAUCCACGAUAGCUUACAAGAAAGGGCGUUGGCCUGUGUGCCGCCGCUGACGAUAACAAACCCUAUUAAACAUAAAACACUUUUUUGGUUUUAUUUUUUUCGUAUCGUAUCCUUUAUAGGACUACCUUUCUAUGGCUGAGUCGAUCAAGCCUCGGGCACCAUUGUUGAGGCAGAAACAAAUGUCUCUGUUUGCAAACUUACCAUAUUGUAUUGCUGUUUGAAAAACCCUAACAUUUUUGCGCAACGUUUUUUAACGUCUCGUGCAAAUAGUGUUUGCGCAAACAACCAGAGAAACGCGCUGCCAUCAAUGCUGGGUGACGCAGGCGCUGUUUGCACGAGCCUAGAACAAUUUCGCCAUAAAUAGUGGGUGGUGCCGGCACUGUUUACACGAGCUUAGCGCCAUUUCGCCACCAAUGCUUGGUGACGCAGGCGCUGUUUGUACCAGGAUUACCAAUUUUUAUACGAUUGGUCCCGUAGGGUGCGACAACAUCUUGCGUUGCUAUUAAUAAAAAUGUCAAUGUUA